UGACCCAGACACCCCAGCAGUGACCUCUCCUCCUGUUUAGCUAGCGGUGGAGAAGCCAGCCCAGCGAACCUGUGCUGACAUUCCCACCUCCGGUACCAUGGAUCAGGCCAAGCAAGAAGAAGACUAUGGAUAUGGUCACUACCCGGCCAGAAACACGGCGAAGCCCAAGAUGUCCCUACUCAGAGAGAGCCUGGGGACAAAGAACCACAAGUGUCAGUUCAUGUUGACGCUCGCCAUAGAAACCAGUCCCUAUGCCCAACUCCUCCUUAGUGCCAUGAAGAGCUCCGGCUGCGAGGUAUUUAGAGACAGGCAUUUCUCCUGCGAGGACUGCGACGGGACGGUCAGCGGCGGCUUUGACGCCGCCUCCUCACAGAUUGUUUUGUGCCAAAACAACAUCCACCAGCAGUCCCACAUGAACCGGGUCGUCACCCACGAGCUUAUCCAUGCGUUUGACCACUGCCGGGCCCACGUGGACUGGUUCAACAACUUCAGACACCUAGCCUGUUCCGAGAUCCGAGCAGCUAACCUCAGCGGAGACUGCGCCUUCAGGACCGAGCUCUCCAGAUUCAACUUUGGCCUAAAGGAGCAUCAGCAGGAGUGUGUCCGCAGCCGCGCCCUGCGCUCCAUCCAGGCCGUGCGGAAAAUCAGCCACGAGGAGGCGCAGAAAAUCGUCGACGAGGUCUUCCCCUCGUGCUUCAACGACCACGCCCCCUUCGGCCGCAUCCCGCACGGCAAGAAGGACGCCAAGUUCGCCUACAGGGAAUUCGUGAAAAGGGAUCGGUAUUACGCGAGCCUUUAGCGCUCGUCGUGACGGGGGGCUCCCCCCGCGGGCGCUCCGGUAACAUCGCCCCACCGACGGCCGGGGGGUCAGGAUCCCUCAGACCGGGGAGAAGUAAAUGACUGAGUUAAAACGUUUGUCGGCCCCUUUUAGAGGGAACAUUCAGGAGCCCUUUUCACACAUUGGUUUCGCCUUCUCGGCGUCACGGAACGCUUUAAAGGGGCUAAAGGCGUUCCUGGUUGGGGAUUCACGCAGACCGGACCCAGGAGGUUCCGUGAAGGACCUCCAUCGGUGCUCAAAGCAGCCUCCACCCCAGUUGUCAUCCCAGUUUCCCCACGCCUGAGCCCGGGAGGUCAUGUGUGAAAAGGGCCGGGGAUCAUCACGUGCUUUCGGACAGCGAGUCGAAACGAGAGCAACAACACAUUUCAUUUUUUUUCCUGCGGCGCUCUCGCCCCCCGUGUGAAGAGAUCGCAUUGACCAAUCCUGUACUUCGGGGGGUUGAAAGUGAAACGAGGCGACGAUAUCUUCUUUCCUUUUUGUUGUUUCGCCGGAUCAAUAGGCGGAACCCGAUAAGAGAUUUCCCUUUUUCGUCUCUCAGGUUUUGCAGUGAAAGUUCUGGAUUGAAAAGCGUAAUGAAACCAGAUCUUUACGCGCGGCGUAUAAAAAGGUACAUGACGUUUGCUUCUCUCUGUCGGACAUUAAAUAAGACUAAACCCUCCCUGUUUUAGGUCACUGGGAAUACAUUGUAUUUACAUGUCCUUCUAAACUGUAGAAUUUGGGGUCCUUUCCAUAAACCCAAUAUGCCUAAUAUUUGGCUGGAAUCUUGGCCCAUUACUUCUGACUGAGCUGGAGGAACUGAUUCAGGUUUGUCAGUCGGCCUCAUCUCACACAGCCUGUUCUGCUCAGCUCUUAAACUUCCUUUGGGACCGUGAUCAGAGCUUUGUGAUGGCCCGUACCAAACGUUGACUUUGUCGUCCUUAAGCCACUUUGUAACUGAUUUGGUGGUACGCUUCGGGGGUCAUUGUCCAUUUGGGAGACCCAUAUGUGUCGAAGCUUCAGCUUCCACCUGUCCUGUGAAGUGCACCGGUCCCUCGUGCAGC